AUGAAUCUAUCAUCCUACAUUUGUCGCAAUUGCCGACAGACUCUCUACUCACGCAUUUUCUACCAAACAAUCACCACGACCGCGUCAUCUGCACCUUCUCAGCCUCAAUCGCAAACCCAAGUACAAAAAAUCCCUCCGCUCCGCGAUCUAACACCCAACCACAUCUCCUACUACUGGGACACGUCAAUACCGACAGAACCGCAACUCGCAUACGCUGACAAGCUUUUCGCGCCUUCGCGUCAUUCCCCCAUAAAACUAUGGUCCGCAGCGAAAUUCCGCACCACGCCUCUGUCCUCGGCGGAGCCGGAAGUCGCGUUCCUCGGCCGGUCGAAUGUUGGGAAAAGCUCGCUGCUGAACGCGAUCAUGGGGCAAGAGAUGUGCUGGACGUCAUCAAAGCCGGGGCGGACAAGGGAGAUGAAUGCGUUUGGAAUUGGCGGGACGAAGGGCGGCGAGUCGAAGAUUGUCCUGCUUGAUAUGCCGGGGUACGGGAAGGCCAGUCGGACGGAGUGGGGGGCGGAGAUUAUGAAGUACUUGCAGGGUAGGAAGCAACUCCGCCGCGCCUUCCUUCUGAUCGACAGCGAACACGGCAUAAAGCCGACGGACGCCGCAAUCCUCAGCCUCUUCCGCAAGUACGCGAUCCCGCAUCAAAUCAUUCUUUCAAAGGUCGACAAGCUACUCGUGAAGAAGAAAUCCAAGCCUACGAGCGUCCCCUCCGCCACGAAACUCGCUGCUCUACGUGCUACUCUCGAGAAACUCAGACCAGUCGUGCAGCCAGACGCCCGCACAGCACGCAUUGAUGGUCCCGGUGCCCUAGGAGAACUAUUAACGUGUAGCGCGGACACGCCGCUUGGUGAAGGACGGUUUCUAGGGAUCAGCGCCGUCCGCUGGGCUAUCAUCUCUGCUGCGGGCUUGGAUGGGUUGGUUGAGGCUAGGACGGCGUUGGGGUCUCCUGGGAUGGAGAGGGCCGGCGAGGGACUGGUUGGCGGUGCUGCUUGA